AUGUCGUUUGGAAUUACGGCCUCAAGAAGAGGUAAAGUAGCUGGUGGUUUGGUUUCCGCUUUUGGUUCUGCUCUUUAUGGUUCUCACAGGGGUCCUCGUGGGUUUUAUCCUGAACCUGUUGAUGUUUGGCUGGCUGUAUUGAUGGAUGCUGUGCCAUUGUAUCAGAAGAGUGUAAUUAUUUGUCCAUCCACGAUAUCAGACGACCGUGCAUCGUCGCUACUUGUACGGGCGAAGGAACACCUCCCAUCUGUGCAUUUAGCCCCACUGCGAAAGCGCAGCUGUAGAGAUUCGUCACUAUUAUCAUGUGAGAGAAGUCGUCAGACAUCAGAGGUUGUAGCCCCACUCUUACCUUCAUUUGAGUCACCAUUGGAGAGUCUUGCACCGCAAUCUCUCGAUCUUGUGGUAUUUGCGGCAAAUGUGUUUGGUGAGGAACUGUUGUAUGAUGCGCCUUGGCACAUGUCCCUCGCCCACCGUUGUUUGCGUCCACACGGAGUUGUCGCCAUCAUUGGUUACGAUACGCGGGUUCGAGUGGCAGCUCCACAAACAGCUCAAAGGGAUACAGAUGAUUUUCUGGAAGAUUUACAACGCCGUGCAAGUGAGUUAGCAAACGGGACAGAUUCACAAGAUAUAUCCAUAGCGUUAAAACGAGCGCUGGAUGUUAGUAGUAGUCUGAAUGUAGGUCAUGCAGAUACAUACUUUCCUUUUCCCUCUACAAGACGGCGUUGGUUUGUCUCUGAAUACUCCGUAAGUCCUGCACAACUUGCGGCAUCGUACAGAGUUCUACCGGAGUAUCAAAUUCUUUCUGCAGGAAGAAGACGCCAUAUUUUACCUUUUUCUGAUGGAGAAGAAAGAGAAGGUGAUGCAAUAAACGUUUGCCGUCGAAGCUCAUGUGUUGAUCCACUUGAAGCCUUACAGGUUUGUUUAAAGGCCCAUGAUACAUUGGAGGGAAGAAGGGCGUUAGCAUCACCUUCACUGAGAGCUCACGUGCGGCACUUUGUUGUUACGUGUAGUGCACGUUCGGUAAACUCUUUUUCACAACAUCAUGAACUUUCCUCUUCAGGAAGGCGUUUACCACAAUUAAAAUAG